AUGUCAGAGCAUAGUAACAUAUCCCCAACUGCAGCUGAAGAAAUGUGUUAUCAGGACUUUGACAAUUCAACUCAGAUAAAACAGGAGUCUAUAACUGAUGCUCAGUAUUGUGACAUUUCAACUCAAAUAAAGCAUGAGAUAAAAACUGAGCAGAAUUCUUACAAUAAAUCUGAACUCAGAGCACAUCAUACAGGAGAGAAACCGUUCAAGUGCAGUGAAUGCUCCUCAUCUUUCUCUCAGAAAUCUCAUCUCAGAAAACAUCAGCUUAUUCACACAGGAGAGAAACCUUUCAAGUGUAAUGAAUGCUCCUCAUCUUUCUCUCAGAAAUCUAAUCUCGUCUCACAUUAUCGUUGUCACACUGGAGAGGAACCUUUCAAGUGUAAUGAAUGCUCCUCAUCUUUCUCUUAUAAAUCUAAUCUCAUAGCACACCAGCGUAUUCAUACAGGAGAGAAACCUUUCAAGUGUAAUGAAUGCUCCUCAUCUUUCUCUCGGAAAUGUACUCUCAGAAAACACCAGCGUGUACACACAGGAGAGAAACCUUUCAAGUGUAAUGAAUGCUCCUCAUCUUUCUCUCAGAAAUAUGAUCUCAGAGCACACCAGCGUAUUCAUACAGGAGAGAAACCGUUCAAGUGUAGUGAAUGCUCCUUGUCUUUCUCUCAGAAAUCUCAUCUCAGAACACACCAGCGUAUCCACACUGGAGAGAAACCUUUCAAGUGUAAUGAAUGCUCCUUAUAUUUCUCUCAGAAAUCUAAUCUCAUAGCACACCAGCGUAUUCACACAGGAGAGAAACCGUUCAAGUGUAAUGAAUGCUCCUUGUCUUUUUCUCAGAAAUAUAAUCUCAGAGCACAUCAGCGUAUUCAUACAGGAGAGAAGCCGUUCAAGUGUAAUGAAUGCUCCUUGUCUUUUUCUCAGAAAUAUAAUCUCAGAGCACAUCAGCGUAUUCAUACAGGAGAGAAACCGUUCAAGUGCAGUGAAUGCUCCUCAUCUUACUCUCAGAAAUCUAAUCUCAGAAGACACCAGCGUAUUCACACAGGAGAUAAACCUUUCAAGUGUAAUGAUUGCUCCUUAUCUUUCUCUCAGAAAUCUAAUCUCAGAACACACCAGCGUAUUCACACAGGAGAGAAACCGUUCAAGUGUAAUGAAUGCUCCUUGUCUUUUUCUCAGAAAUAUAAUCUCAGAGCACAUCAGCGUGUACACACAGGAGAGAAACCUUUCAAGUGUAAUGAAUGCUCCUUGUCUUUUUCUCAGAAAUCUAAUCUCAGAACACACCAGCGUAUUCACACAGUAGAGAAAUCCUUCAAGUGUAAUGAAUGCUCAUCAUCUUUCUCUCAGAAAUUUAGUCUCAGUGCACACCAGCGUGUACACACAGGAGAGAAACCGUUCAAGUGUAGCGAAUGCUCCUCAACUUUCACUCUGAAAUGUCAUCUCAGAGCACACCAAAGUAUUCACACAGGAGAGAAACCUCACAAGUGUAGUGAAUGCUCCUCAUCUUUCUCUCAGAAAUCUACUCUGAGACAACAGCAGCGCAUUCACACAGGAGAGAAACCGUUUAAAUGUAAUGAAUGCCCUUCAUCUUUCUCUCAGAAAUCUAAUCUCAGAGCACACCAGCGUAUUCAUACAGGAGAGAAACAGUUCAAGUGUAGUGAAUGCUCCCUGUCUUUUUCUCAGAGUUCGAAACUAAAAACACAUCAGUGUAUCUACACAGCGUAUGAAUGA